UAAAUUAAAUAUUUUUACCCCUUUUAAUUACCAUAAACUAAUUUUUUUAUUUUAUUAUCUGCUAUGUAAUUGACUUUCCUGUAUUUGGUACCAGUAAUUUGCCGGAUAUGGCCACACUAUAGUGUAAAAAAAUAUCGAAAUUCGCUGUCGAUACAAUGUAAAGCUGCCACUUGUGUUGCAUAUGAAAAGAGUGGCAACGUCAACGCAAAGUAUAUACAGAAAUCAAAUAAGAAUUUUUUGCAAAUCGGAAUCGCGCUUAAAUAACGAUAAUAAUAUUCUAAAUAACAGACAAACAAACAAAUUAUUGGAAAAAUGAAACUGGAAGAGCUGCUAACAAAGGGUGCACCAUCGCCGCAGGAAGAUGACGACGAUGAUGAAAAGGCGGAGUCGAAAACAAAAGCCACAAAUGCCUCCGAUGAGGGGGUGGAGAACGCUGAAGAUGCUGCGGACGAGUCGGCUGAAAAAGAAAGUGCGACUGGCAAGAAAAAAGGCACACGCAAAAAACGCUCACUCAAUUGGGAAGAGGCCGAACGUGGUCUGUUAUUGGAGGUGAUUAAAACAAAAGUGGCAUUUGUAGAAAAUCGCAGUGUCGAUGCCAAAAGCAUCAAGGCCAAACGAUUGGCCUGGUCCCAAAUCACCAAACAAUUCAAUGCGCUGAACUUUCGACAUCGGUUACUCGAACAAAUCCAGGUGCAAUGGCGCAGCAUGAAGAACUCCGCCAAACGUGAGUAUCAACAAAAGCAUCCCAAGUCGGAUGUGCUCGAGGGCAUGCGCAUGAUCGAGUUCAUGGAAGAACUGCAAAAGGAUCCGGUCUCAUCGCGCAGUCAAACGCGCAGCAGCGGCACCAAUGGUGCUGUCAAUGUGCCGCUAAAGAAGGAGCUGCUCGAAAUGGACGAAGAUGAGGAUAUGCCGUUAGCUGCGCUACCCAACUCGACAAAUGCCAGCGAGGAUACGCUGCAAACAUCCACCAUAGCCAUACCCUCACCACCACCAUCGACCGCAGGCGGAGACUCACAGCAGGAGAGCGCACAGCCUCAAUCAGCGCCCAAUCGACGCAAACGGGCCAAAGGUAAACCGUUGCUACAGCACAAGGAUGACACUGACGGUGCCGCUGGCUCCGCCGACAACGAAAAGACUUCGCCCACACGCAAACGAAGACAGCGCAAUCAUUCACAGGCACAAUCAGUGCUCUCGGAAGACUUUAAUACUGAAACGUCACCCGUCAAUGCCAGUGCCGCUGCAGUUGGGCCAUUCACGCCCACAGCUGGUCCCAACGAGACAAUUAGCAGCCUGGACAUGGAGGAGAAAUACAAGCAGCAACUUUUCAAGCUGCUGAAGCAAGCGCGUCUGGCCGAGAUUGAUUAUGCAAGGCGUGAGCAUGAGCAGAAGCUACGCUUCGAGCAAAUGGAGCAAGAACUCAAAAUGUCGUACUACCGUCAAGAACAGGACCUCAAGCUGCGUCAAAUGCGCGAGGAGCACGACAUGCGACUGCGUCAGCAACGGCGUGAGCACGAAGCACGUAUUAGUGUCUACAAUUCAAGCAACUGCUGCUUGAACGGCACAGCUGGCGGAGAAGUGACAGGACAGGAGUCGGCGGCACAGGGAGCAAUGCGUUGCAAUGCCAAAACAGAUUACAAUAAUGUGCACUUGGACAGUGUCGUUGCAGCUGCAGCGCAGCCAUCGUCAUCGUCGAAUAGCAGCAGCACGGACGCCGUGCAUGCGUUGAAUGCCAAUUCAUUGGUCUACAACUAGUUGUAGACAACACAACACAAACAUCACA